AUGGCGGAAAAAGCCAAACCUAAUUUUAACUUGCUCAAAAAACCCAAGGAUUUUUGUUGGGACGCCCAGUGUGAACAAGAAUUUGUGGAUUUCAAAACCUUUUUGUCUACACCCCCUAUCCUAACCAAACCUCAGGAACAUGCCGAGCUUUUGUUAUACCUGGCCGUAGCUGAUAAUGCAAUCAGCUCGGCACUUAUGCAAACCGACGGUAAGAAACAAAUUCCUAUUUACUUUAUUAGUCGUGUUUUGCAGGCAACCGAGAAGAGGUACCAAACUAUUGAGAAAUUGAUCCUAGCCUUAAUAACCUCGGCGCGCCAACUAAGGCCGUAUUUCCAAAGUCAUCAAAUUGUGGUCAAGACUGAUUACCCUAUUAAACAGAUACUUCGGAAGCCCGAUCUCCCAGGUCGGAUGACAACUUGGUCGAUUGAACUAUCUGAAUACGGAAUCAGGUAUGAAAGCCGAGGAGCUUUGAAAGCCCAAUGUCUUGCUGAUUUCAUAGCUGAGCUCACACCUAGCCUCCCAUUGGAAGAUCAAUGUUGGAUUUUACAUGUCGAUGGCUCGUCUAAUACCAAAGGUAGUGGUGCUGGUAUUAUCCUUGAUGGUCCUAAUGAUAUGAUGCUUGAGCUUGUAAUUAAAUUUGAUUUCCGAGCCACUAACAAUCAGGCAGAGUACGAAGCUCUACUUGCAGGUUUAAGACUGGCAAAAGAUGUUGGUGUUAAGAAGCUCAAAUGUUGCAGCGAUUCUAAACUAAUUACAGAGCAAGUCGAAGGAAGUUACCAAACCAAGGAACCACAACUCCAAAAGUAUAACCUUAUGGUGUCUCAUUUAACCUCUUCUUUUGACCAUUUUCAGAUUGAGCAUGUUCCACGAGCACACAAUGUUAGAGCUGACCUGCUAUCCAAACUAGCCAGUACUAAACGUCCAGGACAGCACAAAACAAUUAUUCAGGAGACAAUUAGCGCACCAAGCUAUGAUUCUAUAGCAGUUUUGGCCAACAAUCCUGGUCAGUCCAGUUGGAUGUUAAGCAUAUGGCAAUAUCUCACAAACGGUACUUUACCGAGCGACAAAGUUGAAGCUUCAAAGGUCAAAGCCAAAUCUUGCCAUUUCACACUCGAAGCUGGUGAAUUAUUCAAAAGGGGAUUCUCAGUACCCCUUUUAAAAUGCCUUAACUCGGAUCAAGCUGAGUACGUAAUGGACGAGAUCCAUAGAGGCAUUUGUGGCAUGCAUUCUGGAGCUCGAUCCAUGGCUGCAAGGGUGGUCUGA